AUGGACUCUCCGCGUAAACACAUUCAAGAACUUGUGUCAAAUGGAGGCGCGAAAAGAAGAAAUAGUGAUAGCAGGGGGUCAAUUAAUAACCCGUUAAAUUUUAUACCAGAUAUUCCGCAUGUUGAUACACAUAUGGUACCGUAUUUAAAUGAUGAUAUAAACAAGCAGUACCUAGCGCUACCUGAAACAAACUACACUCAGAGUGUUAUGAUUUUAACGCCAAUAAGAAAUGCUGAAAAGUCUUUGGAAAUAUUUCAAACCCAGAUUAUGAAUUUGAGUUAUCCACACAAUCUGAUGUCUGCGUUUUUCGGAGAAUCUGGUAGCAAUGACAAAACAUUUGAAAAAGCACUAAAUAUAUCACAAGAUUUGAAAUUAUUUGGUAGUUUUAGGGAUUCUAGAGUUAUACAUUUAAAAUUGUCGGGUAGAAUUCAUGGGUCAGAUGACUUCAGGUAUAAGGUAGACUAUCAAAAAUACAAACGCUUUCAUUUAGCAGCGGUCAGAAAUCGCCUUGUACGCUAUGCUCUUCAGCAUUCUGUUUUCGAUCACGUUUUAUGGAUUGACAGUGACGUUGAGCAGUUUCCAGUUGACUUGGUGCAGCAAAUGUUGUUUGCGAAAUCAGAUGUCGUUGUCGCUUCAUGUCUAAGGAAGAAUCAUGAAUAUAAAGUUAUUAAUGACUGUAAUUCUUGGAAAGAAACUAGACGUUCAUUAAAACAUCAGUCUAAAAUGCCAGCAGAUGCGCCUGUUUCAAAGUGUUACGGUGGAAGCGAAAGAAUAUUACUACCAUAUCUUAAAAGUGAUGGUCGUGUAGUCAAACUAGAUGGCGUUGGUGGAUGUGCGCUAAUGGUAAAAGCCGAUUGUUUCCGAAGUGGUCUUCUAUUUCCUGAAGUGGUCUACAAGCGCCAUAUUGAAACAGAGGGACUGGCUAAAAUGGCCCUUGAUAUGGGAUAUAGUGUUGUCGGUCUUCCUUUUGUUGAAGUUUUUCAUCAUAAUUCUAAUUAG